CGGUCCGUGUCCUCGUGUUAUUUAAAGCCAGAGAUCCUCCCUCUCGCCGAGCCACUGUGUUGCAUCUGUCUGCCUCGCCGCUUGUGUGUCUGGGUGCGUGUGUGGAUGAGAGUGCGCUAAAAAACCCAGGCAGCCAGUGGGAGAGCUAGAGAGCGAGGGAGAGAGGCACGGGGGAAAGGCAAAAAUCAUCCAAGAAGGGAGAAGGAACGGGAGUGUGAGACAGCUAUGAAAUUCAUCCAAGCUAUUUGCUUACUGCUUCUCUGUCCAGCUCUGAGCCUCAACACCAGACAAAGUUACGAUGGGCUGGAAAAGAAGCUAAAGGAAGUCUUCACUGAACGAAGCAGCAUUCUGCACCAGCUCUCCAAGACUUCAAAGGAACUGGACAGCAUAAAAGGCAACCUUCAGUCACUGAAAAAUGAUGACAGAGUAGCCAAGAAAGAUGUGCAGAGGAUUUUGGAGCUGAGCCACAAACAGAGAGAGGAGAUGAAGUCCCUCCAGGCAGCCUUGCAGAAGCAGCUGGAUGAGGCAAAUGAGAAAGCGGAGAAGCAGCAGGCCACGAUUAAAUUUCUUAAAGUGGAGAUGGAGAAAAAAACCAAAAUCAUCAAGGAUUUACAGCAAGAGAACAAGAGCUUGAAAAACAAGCUACUCUCGGGGAACAAACUUUGUGAUGCCUAUGCUGAGGAGUCCAAAAAAAUCCAGGCUCAACUGAAAGAACUGCGGUACGGGAAAAAGGAUUUAAUUUUUAAGGGGCAGCAGCUAAUGGACUUGGAGCACAAGUUAACUGUGGCCAAGGAAGAACUGGAGAAGACUGCGCUGGAUAAGGAAUCUCAGAUGAAGGCGUUGAAGGACACAGUUCACAUCUGCUUCUCAGCCGUCCUGCACAACCAGCCCAGCAGCAGUCACAGAUUUCCCACCUCCCCCACCCACUUGUUCAGAUACUCAUCGCUCAUCAACAGCUCUAGAGUCACCUUUCAACAGCCACAUGCCAAGGAUAUCUCCAAAGUUCAGAGAAUUGUCACUGCCAGUAAAUCACCCAUGAACAUCAGUGUCAUGAGGAGAGAGAACGGUGGAGCCAAAGAGUGCCAGAUGGAAAAGACCGGGAGUGACUGCUUCCAGAAUCAGACGGAGGAAUCAGCUCCAGAAAGCAGAAAGCUACCAGAGCAACAGCAGGAAAAGAGCCAAGUGCAGAGUGGAAAAUUCGACACAAAGCCCACACACGACAAUGACGAGGCAGAGGGAGGCAGCAGCAAAAAGACAAAGCCCCAUAAAUACAACUGAGAGGACGGCAUAUCAACGGGAGCGCAGAUCUACUGCAUUGCCUGAAGGAUCUUUCUAAGAGCACAUACUCGCACACUUCUACAAAACGCGUGCACACACACACACACACAGACACACACUCACUUUUUCGACACACAUGCACACAUGCGCAUAUCAGCAUCGUUAGCAAGAGCUGAGACACUGGAAUUGUCAACAAAUUUCAAACUGUCAUCUAAAAAAACCUCCAUAGUAAAAUGGCAUGCGUUUAGAAAUUUUUUUCAAAGGUAGCAAUGGCACUGGUAACUUGUUUCAUGAUCGUUCAUUUGUUGUUUACUUAUCUGAGUUUUGUUCCGAGUGAGGACACUGCUUUCUAAAUGUGUGAUCUUUCUAGAAAAUCCCUUUGCACUGGUGAGGUCUGACACUGUAUCCUGUGAUAAGUAUAUCAAUUGACAAAUAAAAAAGUACUCCUACCACUACUAUUACUACUACUACUACUACCCAACUUAGAAUAUUGUUUGUCACUCAUUGUAGCAAGGUUAAUUUACUCCUCCACAUUUUGAAAUAUAGAGGCUCAAGUUGGCUGGCCAACUGUUCAACAUUUAAUAUUUCAGCACUCUUUCUGCCUUUAACACUCCAGAGGCAAAGAGCCAAAGACUCACAAUGGGUCGUCUCCCUGAGAAUGUGCCAUGCACUGAGUAGUAACUCCUAGCUACAUGUAUCUGUGUUAUCUGACCUUUCUGUGUCCUUUCAAUAAAUUGUAAUUUUCAGUAAAUGUGUGAAGAAUAAAUGGUUAUUUGUGGGAAAGAAA